AUGCAGGACCCCUCAGAAAGGCCGUCCAAGCGGGCGCGCAUCCUCUCCUCGAUAAACCCAUACCAGACUGACGGCCCGCAACCGCCCCAGCGCGCCUCCCCACCAUCGCCGAAACGAACCCCCCAACCCCAGGGGCAGCCGCAAACAUCAGACCGCCCAUCUCGCGACGCAGAGGCAGGGGUGCCAUCGACGAAAAGCGGAAUGGACGACUCGUACUCCGGCAGCAGGCCCAGCAAGUUCCGCUUCAAAGACCCCGCGCGCAAAAAGGACCGCCAUAGGGAAUCAGACCGCCGCCGUGGGGAUCCUGAGCGCCACGACCGUUCGUCCCGCCGACACGGCGGAGGAGAAGACGAUGGCGGGCAUGGAAGCAGCCGUCACCGCCACCGCCACCACGACGACCACGGCGACGAAGCUGGCGAGGAAGAGCGGAGGAGCCACCGGCAUCGGCACCGGCGAAGACGGCGCCACAAGGAAGAAGCGCCCCCGCCAGACCCGGAGCCUGAAGACCCGUUCGCAGGGCCGCCGCUGGACCCGGACGUGGCGUUCCGCGAGUCGCUGUUCGACGCCAUGGCGGACGACGAGGGCGCGGCGUACUGGGAGGGCGUGUACGGGCAGCCGAUCCAUACGCUCGGCGGCGGCGAGCUCGAGUCCAUGACCGAGGACGAGUACGCGGCGCACAUCCGCGCCAAGAUGUGGGAGAAGACGCACGCGGGCCUGCUGGAGGCGAGGGAGCGCAAGCGGAGGGAGAGGGCGGAGCGCGACGAGGAGAGGGCCCGGGAUAGGAGGGCCAGGGACGACGCGGGCAGGGUCGACGAUGCCGUCGAGGCCAGGCUGCGGAGGGGUCGCGACAGACGGCUGCGCAGGGAGUGGCGUGAGCGCUGGGCGAGGUACUGCGACGCGUGGGCGCGCUGGGACAAGGGGCUGGCCGAGGACGAGGCGCUGCGUCUGCUUGCCGAUGAGGGUGAUGCCUGGCCGGUUGAGAGCGGGCGGAGGCCCGACGUCGACGCGGCCGGGGUGAAGGCGUUUUUCACGCAGUGUCUCGAUGCUGUAGCUGAGGAGGAGGCAGCAGAUGCAAAGGCAGCUUCGUCGUCAUCGGCGGGCGAGAAACGAGCGGGCGGCGACGUCGCGGCUCGGCUAAAGGAGGAGAGGGUGCGUUGGCAUCCUGACAAGAUUCAGCAACGUCUCGGAGGUCGCGUGGACGAGGACCUUGGACGGGACGUGACGGCCGUGUUUCAGAUUGUGGAUAGUCUGUGGUCGGAGAUGCGAGGAAAGAAGUGA